AUGCCUCCAAGAAAGCUUCCUAAAGGGUACGUCGAGGUUGAGGAGAGUCCUUUCAAACCGUUAGUCCCACACAACCCAUAUUUGCCGGCCAUACCAAUCAAAGCUUCAUUUGGCUAUGGCUCGCAAUUCGGGACAACCAUGCCUAGGCGAUUGCCUCCACCGCCACGCCAAAAUAUUAACAACCUUAAACAAAUUGCCGAAUCCGUUAACCAUGCUCUGGAAAACAGUCAACUCCGAGCUACCGCUGAAAUGAACGCACAAAAGUCUACCAAAAAGAUGCCAGAAAAGGCAAAGCCUGCACCGAAGAAGCGACAGCCUGCUGAAUCUCAACGAAGGUCAAAACGAGAGCCAACUCCGGAUGAAAUCCAGCUUCAGCAAGCCUUGCGAGAAGCAACUCUGUCGCCUAGAAAAGAGGAUAUCUACCACCAGUCAGACUCUACCCCUUCACCUCCAGUUCAACGAACAGUUUCCACAGAUUCAAGCCCUGGUGCUGAGCCUCCUCUCCCACGCCGCUUAUCAGUCAUGUCGAGCUCUCCACUUUACCCAUCACCUCUGCAACGCGGUGGGCAUGAGACAUAUGAAACAAACAGCUCAGGUCGCUGGAGUCGUCAAAGCUCGGUAGAUAACGCAUCUGUGGUAUCUUGGAACUUGGAGCGUGAUAUUCACGACGAUGACCUCAAAAGGACGAGACCAAGCACUCACGGGCGUAAUAUCACUGCCCCUCCUCGGCGCCCUUCGGGGUUGUCCAGUAUCCUCCAUAGUACGAUCGAAGAGGAGGACGAGACCAACGAAGAAGAGCAAAACGAUGGCGAUGCUGAUGGUGGCGAUGAGCUCAUCUCAGAACACUCCAAUUUGCACGAAUCUGUUCCUGAAGGGCCGACCAAUGACCCGACUACGCCUGCCACAGAGGGUUGGACAACAUCAGUGCGAACAAUUAUUCCCCAAUUAUUUCAAUCAGCGCCUAGCCGUCUAGAAACCCCCGAUUUAGGAUCUCGUUCUCGAGAUCUAGCUCGUGCAUGGUACUCGCCUGUCCGACCUGAAAUUCGCGAUGCUUACCCCAAGAAAUCAAAACGAACCAAAUGGGGGUAUGUAGUCAUUAUGCUACUAUUGCCGGUGGCUCUCGCUCUUUCUUUUCAAAUGGGACUUUGGGAGAAGCUUCGGUUUCCAGAAUUCCCCUCUCCUAUUCAAUACUCUCCCAAUGCUACCGACUCUGCCGCUGUGCAUGGUCUCAAAAACCAGGUUUCCAAAAUGAACGAGCAGAUGUCGUCUCUGUCUCGCGAUCUUGUGGCUGUUCGAUCACAACAUGCCCCCGACUCAAAUCCUACCUUCAUUGUAGGCCCACCGGCUGGAUUUGAAAGCCCAAUUCACAAAAUCAAUUUCUUGUCGCCGUCGUUGGGCGCAAUCGUUGAUCCGCAUCAAACUACACCUACAACGAGCCGCUCGUACCCAUUCUACCAGCGCGUUGUAUUCACCAUGCUUGGGCUACGUUCAACGCUUAGCCCUUCACUGCCCCCUGUGGCCGCUCUUACUCCUUGGGAGGAAGUAGGAGAUUGCUGGUGCAGCGCUCCACGCAAUGGCGUGUCUCAGAUCUCAGUGCUCCUUGGUCGUGACAUCGUUCCAGAGGAGGUUGUCGUCGAGCAUAUUCCUUCCGGUGCCACUCUAGACCCCGGGACUGCACCUCGGGAGAUUGAGAUAUGGGCUCGAUACCGUAUCAUUGCUCUUCCCUCCCAUGAAUCUUCAUCCUUCCUGUCUCGGUGGAUGUCUCGGCAGUCAACCCCCAAUCGACCGAUUGAGCCUGUCUCCUCGAGAAAGGAAGGCCUUGGAGGAUACACUAUCCCGGGCGAGGAUUCCCUUCAUGAAGUACUUAUGAACUCAUUGAGUGCGACAAAUAUCUACGAUCCGGAGACCGCUUACUCGGACGAUCCUCUACUUGGCCCGAAUUUCUACCGUGUGGGCAAGAUGGUCUAUGAUAUCAACAAGCACAACCAUAUACAGCGAUUUCACCUCAACACCAUCAUCGACAUCCCGACGAUCCGGGUGGACAAGGUGGCAUUCCGAGUGAAAUCAAACUGGGGCUCGAACAACACUUGUAUCUACCGGUUCAAGUUGCAUGGCCACAUCUGA